AUGACUGGUGCAAGAAGGGUUGCUAAGAUUGUCGGUAACCUGAUGUCUUCUGAUCAACUUCAAGAAGAUUACGAAGCGCUGUGUUCGGAGUUGCUUUUUUGGAUACAACAAACCAUUACGAUGCUCAAUGAUCGAAGAUUCCCAAAUUCGUUGAAAGGAAUUCAGGAUCAAUUAUUGGCAUUCAAAAACUACCGCACUGUAGAAAAACCACCGAAAUACAAGGAAAAGGGAGAAUUGGAAGCUUUGUUUUUCACAAUACAAACGAAAAGGAAAGCCAUGGGAAGAAAACCAUAUGUUCCACCAGCAGGUCUAUUUAUGCAUGAUAUUGAAUCAGCUUGGUCACUUCUGGAUCAUUCAGAAAAUGAUAGACAGCUGGCCCUGAUGUCGGAAUUACGAAGACAGGAAAGGUUGGAACUUAUGGCGCAGAAAUUUGAACGCAAAGCAGGAUUACGAGAUGCGUGGUUACGUGAGAUGAGUUCUGUCCUGCAAGAUUUUGAUUUGGGCAGAAAUAUUGCUCAAGUUGAAGCUUCCUUGAAAAAACAACAAGCUAUUGCUGCUGAUAUCCUGCCCAGGGAAAGUCGCUUUAAGUCGCUAUCGUUUAUGGCUGCGGAGCUAUCGAAGGAAAAUUAUCAUGAUAGCGAUAAAAUCCGAAUACGUGAACGUGAGCUUUUAGAUAAAUGGUCACAGCUGUUAGCAGCUUUGGAAUCAAGACGUCGUGCGCUUUUAUCAUUAAGUGAUCUGAUGAGUUUGCUUCGGGAUAUAGAUACAUUGUCAUUGGAGAUACGUGCACUGGAGCCUCAGUUUCGAAGUCGCGAUGUUGGGAAACAUUUAUUAGGAGUUGAGGAUUUGCUUGGCAAACAAGAAAUUCUCGAAGCACAACUUAAUUCCCAGGGAGAAUUGUUGAAAAACGUGACGUCGCAAGCACUGGAUUAUAUUCGAGGAAAAGGGGAACAGUAUGACGUGUUGCAAAAGAAGUUGGACGAUGUGAGCAGUCUUUAUGAAAGUGUUGUACAGUUAUGUCAACAACGGAGGAUAACUUUAUAUCGUGCUCGUGAUUUGUACCGUUUUAUCCAAGAUGAUGAGGAGGAAAUGAGUUGGUUACAGGAGAAGGAAGAUUUGUGCAUUUCACUUCUCAAAAACAGAGAUCUUUCAGCUACUGCCCAAUUAAGGCGUAUUUUCAAGAAUUUGGAAACCGAAAUGGAAGGACAUUGGCAGAGAGCAAAAGGAGUGAUUGCAGCUGGUGAGCGACUGGUGGCAAUGGGUCGAAAUAAAGAGGAUAUUCAAACAAGAAUAUACAAUUUACAUGCAAAAUGGGAGCAGCUGAGAAAAGUUGUUGAAGCGGUUGGAAGAUGGCUGCGUGAAGCUGAACAGGCUCACCAGUAUUUCCAGGAUGCAAAUGAAGCAGAAAGUUGGAUUCGUGAGAAAAUGCCACUCGUCAAAAGUGGUGAUUAUGGCCGCGAUGAACAAGCAUCGGAAAGUCUUUUAUCAAGGCAUUUGCGUUUGGAAGAAGAGAUCCAGGCUUAUCGAGCUGAUAUAAUAAGGCUCGAAGAGAUGGCAAGAGAGCUAGCAAAUACGGAAUUCAUUGCUGGUGCUGUGGUACGUAUUGAAGAAGACACGGAAGAGCUUAUUGUACCUCAGGUCAAAAUGCUGUACGCUUACUCUGGAAAUAAUAUUGAAGUUAAAAAAGAUGAGAUCCUAGCAUUAAUCGAAAAAUCAAACAAUGAUUGGUGGCGUGUCCUGAAACAAGAUGGAAUCGAAGGUUAUGUACCCGCAAAUUAUUGUAAAGUUAUGGAAGGUGAAACAGUAACGGUUGCACAAACAAUAACAACUCGCAAAACGGAACGCGAACCGCAGAGUUCCCGGAAUGCCAUCAUGGAACGCCAAGAAGCCAUAAGUGCUGGUUAUCGGAAUCUAAAUAAUCUGGCUGAGGAACGUCGUCGGCUUCUCAGUGAUGUAAUCAAGCUGUAUAAAUUCUUGCGUGAAUGUGAUCAAUUUGAAACCUGGGCAAAAGAGACAGAAACAGCUCUCGCUGAUAGCACUACUUCAGAUAAUGUCAAGGCUUCGCGGAAGAAAUUUAAUAAACUCGAAAAUGAAAUCAGCGCGAAUGGUAAAAUGCAGGUAAAACGAAUUAAUGAUGUUGCCGAAGAAUUAGUUAAUGAAGGUCAUAGCCAUAGAGAUGAAAUUCGACGACGUCAGGAUGCAGCGAAUAUGCUAUGGAAUAAAAUACGGGAUCUUUUGAAGAUAAAGCAACGUCAGCUUGAAGCAGCCGAAAAAGUUGCAGCAUUUAAUGAAACAUGCGAAGACGCGCGAUCAUGGAUGCAAGAUAAAUUUGAUUUGCUUGAACAUAAAGUUGACAUGAAUGAUGUGAAAGCUGUUCAAGCAGUACAAAAGCGUUAUCAGAAUUUGGGAAAGGACCUUAAACCAUUGGAAGAAAAGAUUCGUUUUCUGCAGCAACUUGCUGAUGAGGUAAAGAAAGAACAUCCUGAAGAAGCUGCCAGAAUUGAACAAAUGAUCAAACAAUUAGUUAAAAUGCAUGAUGAGCUACGGCAAAAAUCAGCUGCACGUAUUGAAGAAGCCGAACAGACUCAAGGGCAUCAGAUGUUCGAUGGUGCGGUGAAGAAUUUACAAACAUGGAUUGACAAAACAAAGUUAGCGCUUGUUGAUAAUACCCGGCCGGUAGAUGUUUCAUCAGCUGAAGAACUGCUAAAGAAGCAUUAUGAGCUCAACGAUGAUAUAAGUGGCAAAAAAUAUGAGUUCGAUUAUGUGCGCGAUCUUGGACAGCGCUUGCUGCAAAAAAAUCCUGCACUUAACGAUGUAAGGGGAAGUUUGAAGAAAUUAGAUACCGAACAGCAGGCAAUCAAUGCUUUGUGGAAAGAAAAGGAGCGAUGGUUGAAAGAACUUCUGAAUUUGCAAUUAUUAAACACAGAAGCGGAAAGAAUCGAUGCAGCGACAAAAGGACAUGAAGCGUUUUUGGAACUUUCCAACCUUGGGGAUUCGGUAGAAACAGCUGAAAAUUUGUUAAAGCGUCAUUCGGACUUUGAAGCAAAACUUCGGGCCCAGGAAGAUCGACUGAAAGUUUUCGCGAGGGGUGCCGAUCAACUGAUUCAGGCAAAACACAGCGAAGCAGAUUUCAUUAAAAAGCGCCGUGAUGAUGUUUUGGCUCGUCGAUCGCAAGUCCAUCAAGUAGCAACGAAGAGACGUGCACAGCUGGAAGCAUCACUUCAGUAUCAAAAUUUACGGCGGAAUAUUCAAGAGUUAUCUCAGUGGAUAGCAGAAAAAGAAAAGAUUGCAAACGACGAUUCGUAUCGGGACGCAGCAUCUAUUACUAUGAAACUGUUGAAACAUAAAGCAUUUGAGGCGGAACUGAAAGCAAAUGCUGCGCGUCUAGACGAAUUAAAUGCGGAAGGAAACGCGCUUAUAGCAGCGCGGCACUAUGAAUCGGAAUCUAUUCGGAGAAUGUUAGACGGUGUAAAUGCGGAAUGGUCUGAUCUCUUACGUGCAGCGAAUGCUAAAGGAGAGUGUUUGAGACAAGCGGAAGAUCAAAAAGGCUUGAACAGCGCCCUGGAUGAUGCCCAUUUGAAGUUAGAUGAAAUACAAGCAUCUUUGAAUUCGAAAGAUUUAGGGUAUGAUUUACGUGGCGUGAAGGAACUCAUCCAUAAACAGGUUAUUGUGGAAAAGGAAAUGGCUAUUUUUGAGAAAAGAGUUCUUGAAAUGACAGAGAAAGCAAAUGCUAUGAUACAGCAGGGACACUUCGAUUCGGCCACCGUUAAGAAAGCUGUACAGAAAUUAACUGAAAGGUUUGAAUCACUGAAGGAACCAGCCAAAGAUCGUCGAACUGCAUUGGAAGAAAGCUUGAAAUGGCAUCAACUAUCGUUUGAUAUAGACUGCGAAAUGCACUGGAUUUCGGAGAAGGUUCCAACUGCAUCAUCUGAGGAAACUGGCCGCUCUCUUACGGAAGCCACUAAUAUGCAAAAAAAGCAUGAACAGUUGGAGGCAGAGGUGGCAUCACGAUUACCUCAUAUCAAGCAGACAUUGAAUCGUAGUAGCAACCUUAUUAAAGAGAAGCAUUAUGCUCAGGAACAAAUGCGCGCUAAAUAUGAGCAACUCGCUGAAGCCUUGACACAUUUGAAUAAUUUAAUGCGAAAACGGAAGGAUUUGUUGGAUUGGGCCUUGAAGGAAGAGCAAUAUAUGUUUGAUGCAGCCGAGGUCGAUUCGUGGAUGAAUGAGAAGCGGGGAGCACUAACAUCAGAAGAUUUUGGUCAGGAUGAAGAUGCAGCGCAGAAGUUGUUGGCUAAACAUAAAGCCUUGCAAGCUGAUAUGGUUACAUAUAAGCAGUGGCUCCAGAAAUUGGCAGUUCAGUGUAAAGAGUUGGAGAAUUCGAAUCGAUCAAACAAUGAGCGAUUUAUUACGAGGCAAGGUGAACUAGAAAAAGAAGUUGAAACACUUUCAACUUUGGCAGACGAAAGAAGACAGCAACUUGAAAAUGCAGUCUACUUAUAUCAGUAUCUGCGAGAAAGCCACGAUUUAGAAGCGUGGAUUAACGAACAGCUACUAGUUGCAAUGAGUGAAGAUUAUGGAAUCGAUUAUGAGCAUUUAAAGGAAUUACAGAGCCGUUUCGAAGAUUUCAAACAAAGUGUCAAAACAGGUAGCGAAAGAUUUGUACAUUGUGAAUCAGCAGCGAAUGCAUUACUGAGGCGCAGUCCACCGUUUGCUCGUGAUAUAUUAAAACGACAAGAAAAACUCAGGUCUGUCUGGUCCUUACUGCUAGAUUAUAUUGAAAGUCGAGAUCAGAAACUGGAAGCAGCAGAAGAGUUGCAUCGUUUCAACCGUGAUGUAGCUGAGAACCAAGAACGAAUAGCUGAAAAGCAAGCUUCAAUUCCUGCAGAACUUGGUAAAGACAUCAAGCAAGUUCAUUCCUUGUGGUUGAAGCAUGAAGCUUUUGAAAAUCAGCUUGGUGCUAUGGAACAACAGCUACGUGAACUACUAGAAGAAAGCGUGCGCUUAAAGGCUACUUAUCCUGGUGGUAAUGCGGAACAUAUCACGGCACAGCAAGCAGCUCUGGCUGAAGCCUGGCAGGAUUUGCAAGACGCAACCGUAUCACGACGCGAUAUGCUGAAAGCUGCUUACGAUUUCCAACGUUUUUACGUGAAGGCCCGUGAUUUGAUGGCAUGGACAGAAGUCAUUGUAAGAGACAUGCAAAGUAAGCAAGCAGUACAUGAUUUGCAAAGUGUGGAGUGGUUGCAGAAGGAGCAUCUUCGCUUGCAGCGUUCGAACUCAUCGUCCAUCGAUUCUUUCCCUCUGGCUGAAAUAGAGGCGCGUGAACCAGAUUUCGCGCGAUUAACUAGUCGUGGUGAACAGAUGAUAGCGAAAGACCAUUAUGCAAGCGGAGAAAUUGCUGCAAAAUUGAAGCAGGUUGGCCAAGCUUUGAAACAAGUCCAAGAUGAAUGGGCUGUACGGCGCGAAUGGUUGUCGCAGGUACGUGAAUGGCAUGCAUUCCAGCGAGAGGCAAAACAAACUCUGGCUACAAUCGCAGCUCGACAAGCAACGCUUUGUUGUGCGCAGGUUGGAGGAUCAGUGGAAGAAGUUGAAAGUCAAAUCAAAAAAGUGGAUACAUUUCAAAAGGCACUCGCAACCCUUGAUGAUCGCGUAAUUGCUUUACAAAAGACAGCAAAACAAUUGAUUGCUGCCAGACACACUGAAUCCUCGAAAAUCGAUCAGUAUAUCAAACAGGUGGAAGUAGCUCUUGCACAGCUUCGUGUGCAACUGAAUGUACGGAAAAGUACUCUGGAUGAUGCGUUGGAUUUGGCUUGCUUCAAUAGUGAUAUGAUGGAGAUAGAAAGCUGGAUUGAUGAUAAACAGAAAAGAAUAAGUGCAGAGAGUGAUAGACAAGCGAAGUUAACAAGUAUCGAAGAUAAAAUGAAACGCUUACAAAAACAUCAGGCGAUGGAAGCUGAAUUGUCAACAAAUGAGUCCCGAAUUCAAGAAAUUAAAAUACGGGCACGAACACUAGCAUCCAAACCUACCAAUGAUGGACACGAUAUUAAAAAAAGGAGUGGUGUUAUACUUAACAAAUGGGACGAAUUAGUAGCUAUGUCACGUGACCAAAGUAGUGCGUUAGAAGAAGCUCGUGAUUUGCUCGAUUUCAAACAACUUGUUGAAAGGGUUAUGCGAUGGAUAAGAGAAAGAGAAUUGCUAGUCAGUGCGGGUAAGAUGGGUCGUGAUAUGGAGCAUUGCCAAGCAUUAUUGGAAAAAUUAGAUGGCACACAAGCGGAUGCAAGUGUCGACCAAACUUCCGUUGAAUCUGCGAAUAGUUUAGGUCAAAAGCUGAUUGCUCAAGGGCGGUCUUCGAAGGAUGAAGUGCAGCAACAACUUAAAGACCUAAAUGAAGCUUGGACGCAGGUGCAGGUCAAGCUAAAUUUGUACCGUUCACAGCUCCGUUCAGCACUUGAAGUCCACGCAUUCAAUCGCGAUGUUGACGACACUUGUGAAAGGAUUCAAGAGAAGCUUACUGCUGUCACAAGUGAUGAUCUUGGAAGAGAUUUGCAUUCUGUCGAAGCACUGAUACGUAAGCAGGAAGCGGUCGAAAGGGACAUGACUGCUCACGACAUUGAAGCGCAGAAACUUCUUGACAAGAAACCUCCACUUUACAGCACAGUUAUUGAAUCACUGCAGAAACUGGAAGCUUCUUGGAAACAGUUAGCUGAACGAGCGACAGCCAGGGGACAAGCAUUAAUGGCGUCUGGUGAGUUGCACAAAUUCCUUGAUGCAAUGCGGAAAGCUGAAAUCUGGGCGGUAGAUGCUCUCAGCCGACUAACAACUGAAGAAAGUCCACGUUCUGUAACAGACGCUGAUGCAUUUAUUGCUAAACAUAUUGAGAAGCUCGCCGAAAUUGAUGGGCGGCAGCGUGAAAUGUCGGAGUUGCGGGAAUGGAGCACGAGAUUGAUUGCUAAACAAUCAGAUCAUAAAGGUGAAAUACAGCGAGCAUUGAAACGACUUCAGAAUGUGGAACAUCAAUUACGUCAGGCAUGGGAAGCUCGAAACGUUGCCUUAGCUCGAGCUCGGAAUCGUCAACUGUUUGCUGACCAGGCUGCUCGUGCAGAACAGUGGCUUGCAUCCAAAGAAGCAUUUCUGAAACAAGCAGAUAUGGGCGAGAGUGUUGUUGCUGUUGAUGUGCUACUCAAGAAACACUAUGAUUUCGAAAAAACCCUUAUUGCUCAGAGUGAUAAAAUCGAUGCUCUAAAGAAAGAUGCGGAUUUGCUAGCAUCGUGUGAUGUCGAUUACCGUAAUGAAAUCGAAAAAAUCCGGGAUACAGUCCUUUCUCGGCAUGCAGUGCUCAUGGAUUCAUGCAAACGACGUCAUGAACUGUUGAAUGAGUCACGCAAAUUGCAUGAAUUUAUCGACAGCUGUGGUGAAUUGAUGACUUGGAUCAACGCAAAUAUUCAGCUUGCAUACGAUGAAAGCUUUUUAGACCAAACAAAUUUAAGAGUUAAACUGCAAAAGCAUUUGGCAUUUGAUGCUGAGCUGGAAGCUAAUGAAGGUCGCGUAAAAUCGAUGAUUGAAGUCGGUAAUAAGCUCGUCGCUAGCAAACAUUAUGCAGCCGAUCAGAUCACUUUACAAAUCGCUGAAGUAAAACGGGGGUGGGACGAGCUGAGAAGCAAAUCAGAAAUGAAAAAACGUCGACUAUGGGAAGCUAACGAAGCAUAUCAGUUAAAUCGACGCAUUGAAGACCUGGAAAAAUGGCUGGAGCGAGUAGAAAACGAUUUAUCAAGUGAGGAUCAUGGAAAAGACUAUAUCUCUGUGGAAGCACUUAUCAAAAAGCAGGACGAUUUGGAGGCUGAAAUCAAAUCCAGAAAAGAUGCAGUGAAUGAAAUUGUCUCUAAAGCACAUGAAUUCCAAAAGCAGGGUUAUGCAACUGCUAAUGAAUCGUUGGAAAUGGCAAAAGCCCUCGAAAUACGAUAUAAUGAGCUGAAAAAACCUUGCGUGAUUCGUCGUGCGAACCUAAAUGAUGCUUUGGCAUUUUAUGGAUGGAUAUCAGAAGCGGAAGAGCAAACUGAAUGGUUAAGUGAUCGGAAACGACAGACGAUAAGCACGGAUUAUGGGGAUACGCUGCAUGCUAUACAGUUACUUACCAAGAAACAUGCACAUCUUGAGGCUGAUGUUAAUAGUCGGCGGGAAGCAAUAGCAAGGGUCGAAGAGAAAGGUCUGAAAAUGAUAAAAGACGGGCAUUUUGCAUCGAACGAAAUACAGGAAGUGCUAGACGAAUUGUCAACGUUACUUUUAUCUGUAAAACAGUUCAUGCAUGAAAGAUCACAAAAACUGGAAGAUUCUUUGCGAAGUCAACAGUACUAUGCAGAGGCCAAUGAAGCUGAGCAAUGGAUGCGUGAACGCAUGCCACUGGUGGCAAAUAACGGUAUGGGUAAAGAUCAGGCAGCUGCAGAAGGGCAUUUAAGGCGACUGAAGACACUGGAGAAUGAUAUAAACAAAUUUUCUGACGAAAUCGAAAGACUACGAAAGGAAGUGGAGAUAAUGCUUGCUGCAAAACAUUUUGAUUCCACAAAUCUUUCGUCAAAACAAACUAAAUUAGAAGAACUGUACAAGCAACUCUCAGAUGAUAUUGCAAGACGCAAAAUACAGCUGGUGGAUUCAGCAAGAUAUCAUGCAUUCGUUCGUCAAGUUGAUGGUCUCGAUCGAUGGCUGUCGGAGAAAUUAGAAAUCACUAAGCAAGAAAAUUACGGCCGCGAUUUGGCCGAAUGUCAAAAACUGGUAACUGAAUUUGACCAAGUUGUACGUGAAUUAACUUCUGCUGGUGAAAGGAUCGCUGUAGUCAAAAGAACUCAGGAAGAACUGCUUCGUAGUGGUCAUCCAUUUAGUGUAUCUAUCAAAGCGAAGGGGACUGAUUUGCAACAUCUUUGGUCUCGGGUCAACGAAGCAGCCAAUGAACGGCAACAAGCUUUGCAAGGAGCCAUCCAGGUUCAUAAAUUCGAUCAAGAUGCUGAUGAGACUCUCGGUUGGUUAGAAGAAAAGGAAGCGCAUCAAGUAGCACUUGAAGGUGAAGAUAUUUCGCGAGCCGAUCUUCCUGCUUUGAAACAACUAAUGAACAAAUACGAUGAAUUUAUGCGUGGCGUUACGGCAGUUGAAAAACAGGUUAACGAUUUAAGCCGUGAAGCAGAACGUUUGAUAUCGUUGUAUCCAGACACACAGGAACAUUUAGUAGUGCGCAAAAUGGGGAUGGAAGAGCAACUAAAAGAUGUAAUCAGUACUGCUAAUAAAUAUUAUGAGAAGUUGCAGCAGAUGCGAAAUCUUCAAUCAUAUUUCCAGGAACAUCGUGAUUUAAUCACGUGGAUUAAACGCUUGCAACAUGCUAUAACAAGUGAAACACUUCCGAAUGAUGUGGAGGGAUGCAAAACACUGAUGCUAAGACAUGCGGAAUACCAAGCGGAAAUCAAUGGACGACAACCCGCUGUUGAUGAAUUUAUUCGUAAGGGUAACAAUAUGAUUGCUGCACAGCAUAUUUUAUCUUCCGAAAUAUCCGCCAAGAUUAGACAACUAGAAUCAGCCAUGGAUUUGUUGAAAGAUAUCUGGAAAGAACGUUUGGUGCUAUAUGAAGAAAAUUUGGACUUGCAACAAUGGAAGCGAGAUGCGCAUAUUACAGACGUAUGGUUAACAGAGAAGGAAGACAUGUUGAAGGAGGAUUGGAGAAAGGUUGAAGAUGUUGAUGAUGCAGAUAACAAAAUAAGGAAUUUUGACGAUUUCCUGAUCACAUUAGAAGCUCAAGGCGAGAAAUUUGACUCUCUGAAAAGGUUAACUCUUCUCGAGAAGGCUUAUUCGAAACAGCGCAAGAAAGAAUCUGAAAGAAUCCGAGCAGAGAAGGGAACAAGUGAAUCACGAAAAGAAAGUAUUAAAACAUUUGAAAAACAAAAUAAACUGCAAGAUCGUCGAAAGGAACGUGAAAGACGCAUGACUCAGGAAGUGUCCUUGAUGAAGCCAAGUCCGUCUUACACCGAAGAAGUGUACGCAUCGCAUACUUUACCACAUCCUCGACGUGGAACCGAACCUGUUCCAUGCAUUCAGACAUCCUCUUCAGAAUCAAAAGAAGCACCGGCUACUCCUGCAAGACAGACAGCUUUGAGCGUUUCGGAUGGUUCGUCAGCAGAAGCUGAAAGAUUAUUGAAAACAUCUGUGUUAUCAGUUGAUGAAACUCCGAUGAUCCAAAGAAUAGGUUCAACUCGAAAAACUCCGAAAUUUACUACAAGACGGUCGAAUUCAUUAAAGAAACUCAAAACGCGAGAAGACUUCGGACCGAUUGAUAUGCACGGAUAUCUCGAUCGAAAGCAAGAUUUACAGAGCGGUGGAAAAAAGGCAACGAUACGCACAUGGAAAAGAUAUUAUACAAUCCUCUGUGGACAACUUCUGUGCUUCUUCAAAGAUGAAGAUUCUUUUUUGGAAAAUUCGGCAGCUUCUGCACCGGUUAAUAUCCUGAAUGCAGAAUGUGAUGUUUGUCCUGAAUACAUGAAAAAGAAGAAUACUUUUAGAUUGAAAAUACAGGAUGGAUCGGAGUAUCUAUUUGCUUGUAAUGAUGAUGAUAAGAUGCUAGAAUGGGUGUUGAAAAUCAGAUUUCAUGCGAAUUUAGCACCUGCUCAGCAACUUCGAAGCUUUGAUAAGAGUGAAAGCCCACCAAUGUAUUCACCGCCACCACGACCUGGCGAAACCUUGCGACGGCACACUACAGAAUUGGUUUCAUCUGUUGAAGUUAAUGCCUUUUCGUCACUUCCAUACGAAUCCGAAUCAUACGAAAAGCCCGGUAUCAUAACUCGUAAUCAUUGUAAGUUUUUAAGUUUUCAUGUUUUUGGUAUUCAGAAUUGGAAUCUUCACAUUUACAAAGAAGAAAAUCUCGCGUUGCACUUACGUGAAAAUGGGUUCGAAAAUCUUGAUGGCCCUGAAUUGCAAUAUUUAUAUCGUGAUAAGGAAAUGAACGGUAAACAAGUGUUGGAUUUGGAUUCGGAUUCCAUGACGUCAUCGACAUCGCGUCGAAAUACCGAGAAUGUAAAAGGCACAGACAGUGAUUUUGUCGCCUGGGUGGAAAGACAGUCCGAUUCAUCAUCAGCAACUGCUGCACCAGCUACACCUACUGUCGCACUGCCCGAUGACACUGAUUCUAUUAAAAAGCGCAGAGCAUUUUCGUUCUUCAAGCGUAGUUCACGACACAAGGAAAAUAGUAGCAAGUGAAGGAAUUGACGGAAAUGCUUACAAUGUCCGAUGGGUCUUUGUCUUGUGUGAUAUUAUUGAAGAUGUCUUUAAAAGAAUGUUAUUAGGAUUGCUCACCUAACUUUUCGAUCCCUUAUAAAUGCUUAUUAAUAGCUACUGUAAGUUGACUGCCGCUAUUUUAAAGUAACAUCAUAGUCCUAUAGUUUUUCUGAACCUUGUAUUUCAACCAACAAUAGUAAUUUUGCCCGAAUUCAUUUGUAGCUUAUUAUGAUUACUUAAGGCUUCAGAGACAUUUUUCUCCCAUUGUUACGAAACGCCUCUCUCAGAUCGUAGUGAAAUUCCCUAGAUGGAAUUUUGCUUCUUGUUUUCACUUUCUGUUUUACCUGCUCCCACUUAUAGAUUAUUCUUUGUUUAUAUUAUUAAUGAUAUUUAUUCCUUUUUUCCUUGAUAUUCAAUCGCCUUAUUUGUUAUUAAAUAUUUUUAAUUAUUCUGCUACCAAUUAUUGAUGUACUAGGGUAGCUUACUUC